UCACAUGCCAAGCACGCAAUUUUUCGCGCGAAAGGUAGAAAGUGCAGCCACAUAAUCCGUUGUACUAGACAACAUUUGUUUUGUUUGUUAGCUAGCUACGUGUAAAAUAUAACUAGCUGUAUUACUACACUAUAGCGCAUCUUCGUUUAUAUUAAACUGCUUGAAAUUUGAUCAACUUGCCCGUUCGACUUUUAUCAGACGAGUGGCUGUCUCUUUUCUGUCUGCAAUUAUGGUCCGCUACUUUACAAGAUUGAGAGUGAGACGUAUCUACAAAUGGGGCGGAAGACCUCAUAUCUUCGACAGAAAAUUAAAGAAUUACGGCUUUGAGUACUUGACCAUGAGCGUGGAGGGUCAGGAGGCAGUCACCACUGUAACACCUGGCCAGUACAUCCUCAUUGAGGGAAAUGAUGAUGACAACCCCUUCGUUGCCAAGCUUCUCAAGUUCUUUAGCGAUGAGUACCACAAGCAGAAGAAGGCGCUGGUGCAGUGGUUCUUGCGCAUGUCUGAGGUGCCCCAAAAUAAGAAGUUGUUGCUGGGCAGGAGCCCCCAUCCCCAGGAGAUCUUCUACUACCUGGGACGUGCCUGUGACGAUGAGAUCAACGUAGAAUCCAUCCUUGGCACUGUACAUGUCCAGCACGUCCCUGAAGAUGCUCCUUUUCCAGAGCCUGGAACCAAGGACACCCUCUAUGUAAAGCUGUCCUGGGACACCAAGGCCUUCAAUGUCUUAGACCCUGUCCUGAUGCAGGAUACCCCUGCCUCAACCCUUCCCAAACCUGCUCUCUCUCUGUUCCCCCCCCGUGCUUCCCCCGCGGUAACCCCUGUGUCUCGGGGCCCAGUGCGUUGUGCCCUGCCCGCACCAGAUCCCACAGUGAUGAGGAGAGCAGGGUCUGUGUCUGACACUAGAGCCACCAUGAGCGCCGGGAAGAUGGGUACCCUUGAGGCAGAGUCGAUCCACUCUGCCUCCAAGCUCUCUGCCUCUAAAAUCCUGAGCGCCAAGAGGAGGGGCAGCGCUGCAGACACACCAGGUGUACGCAAGAAACUACAGCUCAGCAUCGGGGCCAGUCCAGGGAAGAGAAUGACCAGAGCAGAUGUCCUCUGUGAGCUCUUGGAUGAGGAGGUGGUGUCAGAGAAAGGGAUGUCCCUCAAACUGAGCUCCUCAGUUUCACACUCCCUCCAGCAUGGCUGCAGCCUCUCUCCCAUGAGAAGUGGCUGCAAGACCCCUAACGGCCAGAGGGAGUUCCCCUGGAAGCUCGCCUCGAUCAGCCUGGACAGACUGUCGCCUACUGCCCUGGGAGAACAGGACUUCUCCAGUGUUCUGUUGCUGGCACUAGAGGAUGAGGUAUUUGAGGCAGGGUUACCUACAGACUCUGGCUCUGCCAAGACCCCCAAGAAGAGACAGGCCACCCCCAGGAGGAACUAUGUUAGGGGACAGAAAGCUACCACCCCCUCCAGGAGGAAAGAGUCUGCCAUGGCCAUUAGAGAGCCUGCUCUGGGGGUGCUGGCGGAGGAGGACUCUGAGGACUCUCCCAUGCAGCCGAUUGCCAUGACUCCUCGCUCCAAGAGGAAGUCAGCCCAGCUGGUGUCGUUACGCAUCAGGAAGCAGUUGAAUCUGUUGGACAAUACCCAAGAGCUGAUCUCUGAUGGCGAUGAUGAGAGUUUCGUUCCCUACAAGAAGGUCCUACAGAGCAGCAGCGAUGAAGAGAAGACAGAGAGUGAGGAAGAGGCAGUGGUGAUGAAGACCAGAAGAAGAAAUUGCAAGACCUCCGCCAUGACCCCACGCAAAACGGCCAGCAAGAAGAAGGUCCUACAGAGCAGCAGCGAUGAAGAGAAGACAGAGAGUGAAGAAGAGGCAGUGGUGAGGAAGACCAGAGGAAGAAAUUGCAAGACCCCCGCCAUGACCCCACGCAAAAUGCCCAGCAAGAAGGCCACCCCCCGUCAUGCCAACCCAAGUACCCCCCGGACCCCCCGUCAUGCCACUCCCAGUAUUCCCAGCCGGACUGUUCCAGCCAGGCAGCCUGGGAACAUCCUGGAGGAGGCCAGGGCUAGGCUGCAUGUGUCGUCAGUACCAGAGUCUCUUCCCUGUAGGGAGCAGGAGUUCCAGGAUAUCUAUAACUUUGUGGAGAGCAAGGUUAUGGAUGGAACCGGAGGGUGUAUGUACAUCUCUGGUGUUCCGGGAACUGGGAAAACCGCCACCAUCCACGAGGUUAUCCGGUGUCUACAGCACGCCUCUGAUAUGGAUGAAAUCCCCACGUUCCGAUUCAUCGAGAUCAACGGCAUGAAAAUGACCGACCCUCACCAAGCCUACGUCCAGAUUCUACAGAAACUGACCAACCAGAAGGUGACCGCUGACCACGCCGCAGCCCUAUUGGAGAAGAGGUUCAGUAACCCCGCCCCCAAGAAGGAGACCACCGUGCUACUGGUGGACGAGCUGGACCUUCUAUGGACCAGGAAGCAGAAUGUCAUGUACAACCUGUUUGAUUGGCCGACAAGGCGCCACGCCCGCCUGGUGGUGCUGACCAUCGCCAACACCAUGGACCUGCCUGAGCGGAUCAUGAUCAACAGGGUGGCCAGCAGACUGGGCCUGACCAGGAUGUCGUUCCAGCCGUACAGCUUCAAGCAGCUGCAGCAGAUCCUCACGUCCAGACUGAACAAGGUCAAGGCCUUCGAGGAGGACGCUAUGCAGCUGGUCUCCAGAAAGGUGGCAGCGUUGUCAGGAGACGCCCGGCGCUGUCUGGACAUCUGUCGCCGCGCCACUGAGAUUUGCGAACACUCCGCCUCGCACCCGUCCUCCGCGGGAUUGGUGAGAAUGAGUCAUGUGAUGGAGGCGCUGGAUGAGAUGUUCUCCUCCUCCUACAUCACGGCCAUCAGGUGUGCAUCGUUGCAGGAGCAGCUCUUCCUGAGGGCGGUCAUUGCUGAGUUCCGGCGGCUGGGACUGGAGGAGGCCAUCUUCCAACAGGUCUUUGUGCAGCACCAGGCUCUGAGUCGUGUGGAGGGCCUGCAGCCCAUCAGUGUGUCCGAGGGUCUGGCCGUGUGUCAGCGUCUGGGUGCGUGUCGUCUGCUGCUGCUGGAGGCCAGCCGUCUAGACGUGCUACAGCGGGUCAGACUCAACGUCAGCCAGGAUGACGUGCUCUACGCACUCAAAGCUGUCAGAGACUGAGGACCACCGGGGGUCUUAGGGUACAAGGGGGAGGAUGAGGGUCUUAUUGUGGCCCAGAAGAGAACCUGCUCCAUCACUACCAGUCAACUUGGUCAGUUUGAAUUUCAACAACCAAGAUCCCUCUCUAACUACAACUCAUCAGGACCACCGUUGGACCACUCAGUCCCACGCCUCAACCACAGCCAAUACUACUGUACCACUCAGGACUGGGAAUGGGAAUCCCACUGACACCUUGUCUGUGUCCACGGUGGGUCUUUUUAGAGGCUCAGUUUGGUUUGAUGCCAUCUUCUGAGAGGUUUUAGGAAUUCUUCUGUUUUAGUAUUCUUUUACAAAUGCUUUUCAUUGUCAUUGUUGUCAGCACAGCAUUUUUGGAAGCUCUUGAAGGGGAAACUGCAGUGCACAUGAACAUUUGAUGGAGUUCUGUCAUAAUUCAAGAACACAAAUCAUGAUUUCUAUUAUAUUGGUUUUAUGUUUGUUUACUGAAAAUUGCCCUUGUUACAAACUUUUGUAAGGAUAUUUAGAUCUGGUUUUAACUCAUUGUGUUGAUGGGAGGAGAGCUAACCUCCCAUCAGUUAGCAAUUUGACUUUCCUCUUUAUCCUUAUUCAAGCAUUUUAAUGUUGCUCUUGUUGGUUUUAGGAUGUUCUUCAUUAUUAUGUGAUUAUUGUAUCUACAAAAGUAAUAAAGAUAUUUAAUAACAAUGCUUGUA